UAUGAUUUUUCACGGUUGUUGGACUUUUCUUUUGGGUCCGGAAUUUACUAAUUAGGAUUUCAACAAAAGCAGCCUUAGAUUUUCAAAUGGUUGCACGAAUAACAAGCGAAAAUCAAAUCAUUCUCUAGUUAAUUGGACUGAUAAUUAUUAAAAAAAAAAACAAAGAGAGAAAGCCGAAUCUGAGAGAGAGACAGCUAGUCUCUAUUGGUCUCGACUCGUCGAACGCGUUAAUGCGUCUCCUGCUUCUAAGCUUCUUUACAGUGAACGAUAAUGGAUGCUUGCAGGUUAUUUCAUUGGGUGAGCGUUGAGAGAUUGUACUUGAGCGAUGUUUGAAGCUUCUCUACUAAUCAAAUUGUGAUAUAUUUUGCACAAAAUGGAAUCACUUCAUUUCAAAUUAGUUAAUACAACACUGAACUGGGUGACCUUGGCUCUAGAUGCUCCUUCUGCCCGAGCUGUUGUUUUUGGAGUGCACAUUGGCGGCCAUUUGUUUGUUGAACUUCUUCUUCUUGUGGUCAUUCUUUUCCUACUUUCCCAGAAAAGUUACAAACCUCCCAAGCGCCCACUCACGAAGAAGGAAAUAGAUGAGCUAUGCGAUGAGUGGGUUCCAGAAUCCCUUAUUCCUCCUAUCACGGAAGAGAUGCGAUAUGAAUCCCCAGUACUGGAAAGUGCUGCUGGGCCACAUACAAUAAUUAACGGAAAAGAAGUUGUGAAUUUUGCUUCAGCAAAUUAUCUUGGAUUUAUUGGACACAAGAAGUUACUUGAAUCAUGCACCUCUGCAUUGGAGAAAUAUGGUGUUGGUUCUUGUGGUCCUCGUGGCUUCUAUGGAACGAUAGAUGUUCAUCUUGAUUGUGAGGCCAGAAUUGCCAAGUUUUUGGGAACUCCUGAUUCAAUCCUCUAUUCUUAUGGACUUUCUACCAUGUUCAGUGCAAUUCCCUGUUUCUGUAAAAAAGGAGAUCUUAUUGUUGUGGAUGAGGGAGUGCAUUGGGGAAUACAAAAUGGCCUUUAUCUAUCUAGAAGUACCAUUGUAUACUUCAAGCACAAUGAUAUGGAAUCAUUACGAAAAACUCUGGAAAGAGUUACUGCAGAGAAUAAGCGUGCUGAGAAACUGCGGCGUUACAUUGUGGUUGAAGCCGUGUACCAGAAUUCGGGCCAAAUAGCUCCGUUGGAUGAGAUAAUCAGAUUGAAGGAGAAAUAUCGGUUCCGUGUUGUGUUGGAUGAAAGUAAUUCAUUUGGUGUACUUGGAUCAUCUGGAAGAGGCCUUACUGAACACCAUGGGGUUCCAAUUGAGAAGAUAGAUAUUAUAACAGCUGCUAUGGGGCAUGCAUUAGCCACCGAAGGAGGAUUCUGCACUGGAAGUAGUAGAGUGGUUGAUCACCAACGUUUGAGCAGUUCUGGUUAUGUUUUUUCUGCUUCUUUGCCUCCAUAUCUUGCAAGUGCUGCAAUUACUGCUAUUGAUGUCCUCGACGAAAACCCAAAUCUGAUAACAAAGCUAAAGGAAAACAUUGCUGUAUUAUGGAAAGGUUUAUCGGACAUUUGUGGCCUGACAAUUGCAAGCAAUCCAGAAUCACCUAUUGUGUUUCUUAGACUUGAAAAGUCAACAGGGUCACAAAAAAGUGACCUUCAGCUGCUUGAAGAUAUUGCCGAUCGUGCUUUGAAGGAAGACUCAGUGUUGAUAGUGGCUUCAAAAAGAUCCGUACUUGAUAAAUGCUGUCUGCCAGUAGGAGUUAGGUUAUUUGUUUCUGCUGCUCAUACAGAGUCUGAUCUGAAGAAAGCAUUCGAGUCAUUAAAGAGAGUUUCAGCAGCGGUGCUGAGGGAUUAUAAUUGACUGCUGCACAUGGCAUCUUUUUCUCUUUUGAGCAAGUUGGAUAACAUCAGAUUUCUCUCAAAUGGCAUUAUUUGUUGAACAAUUUUGUAUCGUGAAUGUUGGUAGUUUGUAUCACUCCUUGUGUUCAUUUUGACUUUGAGAUUUUUUUCAUUUUUUUGUUAUUAUUUGGCAUGGAGAAUUUAUAAUUCGUAAUAUAAGUUGAUUAGACCUUGUUACAAGAA